AUGAAGCUGUAUCCUUAUGUUUUGACGAUUACGCCGAAGUAUGUGAACAAGGACGACAUCGUCGUAAAAGUCAAAGCGUUUGAAGAUCUGGUCCUGCCUACCGCAAUGAAGUAUUCCGUACCUGCAAGGGAAGCGGAUUAUAUGGAAGGUAAGAGUAAGCUUACCAUCAAGGUCGGCAAAGAGGCUCCGGUAGCCAAAGCCGAAGGCUUUAAGUUGGCUUUACCCGAAAAGAAAGUCAUCCCCGGUAGCGGUUACUUAGUCGUUGCCGAAGAAAAAGCUGGCUCCUCAGUCCACGUGCCUCCUGGUGCGAUUGAUGCGGCUCCAAAGUCACACGAACGGACCCCUGCCGAAUUGAUUUACAACGUCAUUGACGAUGGCGAUCUUCCGAACUUGGAGACGUUCCUCGCUAACGGCGGCGUGAUUGAUGUCAUGAGUCCACACGCCUUGGUUAUCUCUGAGGUGAUGUGGGGCUCCGAUGCGAGUAUAGUCGAUGACCAUUCUAAGAGUCAAUGGAUUGAGUUGUAUAAUGCGGGUGCUGUGUAUACGACUGUGGCAGAGGACGCAGCGACAGAUGCCUAUGAAGCCACUUAUUUGGUCUUUUACGGUCCAAACGAAACACCCCCCGCGAUGACGGCUGCUGUGGCUGCGACUGCGACUACCGCCGCUGUCCCCGCUGCAUUGCCCGCGGGUGUUACCGACCGGAUCGGCACGAUUGAUGCGUUAGGUGCCUAUUGGUCGAUCGCAGGUAAAGGUCAAAGCGGUCGGACGGGUGCUGGCGAAGAGGCAGCGGAUUUAACUGCUAUUAUUCCGACACAGCCGAUUAUCUCGAUGUAUCGUAUGAUGGAUGCGACAGGUAAAGUGGCAGACGGCACGCUGGCAGCGAGCUGGAUGCAGUCUUCACCACCGAACCUCAACUUUGACCGGAAUCAAUCUGGCAACCGUGUCGGAUCACCGGGUUCCUCACGUCUCAUCACGGCUGCUGCCGCCGCUGCGACUGCCGCCGCUGCGAAAGCGAAAGCUGAGCCGCUGCCGCUGCUGCUGCGAAAGCCGCCGAUACCUCAAUCUCGAUGCCGCAGGUCGUGGAUUGAGAUCUCCAACGGUUCACGGACAGAACAGGUGAAUCUGAGUGGUUGGACGCUGACGGUCGAGAAUGCGACUGCCGAUGCCGAUGUAAGUGUCGGUUCCAAAGCCGUGUUCACGAUUCCUGAAGGCACGAAGAUCGAUCCGAGUGGUCAGAGCGAUACUCCGUCAACGAUACUCGUUGUCACCGAACAGGGACGUAACAACAUUGACGAUGGUGCAAAGGGAGCGGUCAGAUUCUCAACCUCUGGACUGCGCAGCAGACGGAACUGA